AUGGAGAAGGCCUUACUUCCGAAGCAUCGAUGGUAUCCAGAAGCAUCGCUGAUGCACGCUGAUGGAGGCAAUUCUGGCAGCACCGACUGGCCGGGCCCAGUGGGACUCAACACAUCUUCGUCCAGCAGCGCAUUAGACGCCGUCGGUGUGUUGCUCUGGGGCUCAAACCAUACAAUGGUAGUCGGGUACGUUGACAUGACAACGAACCCCAUCACGCUUGGCCUUGUCGUUAGAAAUGCGACAACCCUUCAGGUCCUAGGGCAAUGGCCGGCACCAGCAAACGAGACUUUGAAUCUCGCCUACAUAGAAUUAAUUGCAGGUGACGCUAGCGAUCGCGUCAUUGUCAGCAGUCAGCAAGGCCGGAUUUAUAGCCUCUCCAUAUCGCAUUGCCCAGGUAGCGCGAAAUUCACUAUGGACAGGAAAAUUGAUCUAUCGCUUGGCGACAUACUCUCUGAAGGAGAAACGCUACUCAACGCCAUGGUCGACACGGACGACAACAUUUGGUUCACUACUGGGUACAUCAAUGGCACAAGUGGUUUGACGGGCGGCUCUACAGCGUCUCCAAACUCGACAACCCUGGGUUUUGUGACCCCCGAUAAUGCCAUCAAGCGCAUCCAUAUCGCAGGACAGGUUGUUGAGAAUGGAAUCGCAGUCAGCGGCACGACCAGCUUCAUCGUGAUGGGGCCCACCGAUGGAAUCAACGCUACAGGUUAUCUGGCAGCUUAUCGCUCAGACGAGCCUUCAAAUGGUGGUAUUGAUCAGGUCUGGAAGUUACCUUACUCGGCCGGUUCCACUACCAAGCCCGGGGCCUUCUCUCGCGGCUCUGGUUCGACACCAGCCCUCCUUGGCGAUCAAUUUGUUGCCGUGACCGACAAUGCGGACGGCCAAAUCAAUCUAAUCGUCGCCCACCAAAACACCACUACAAAUCAACUGGCGUGCAAAGUACCGCUCUUCAUGCCCGGCAGCGUUGCAAACGACUUUAGUGCCACCGUCCACUUCGACGGGACGCUGUACAGUGUCAUGUUGAUCAAUAAUUAUGGAGCACCUCAAAUCUUCUCGGGGCAAGGUUCCACUGACAUCAAUGGAUCUUUCAACAACAAGACUAUGAUGCCCGGUGGCUUGACCCGGGUUGACGUUGAUACUACUGGUGCUGCAUGUGGCGUGCGAUGGGUUUCGAAUAUUACGACAACCGCUGUCCCCAUUCUUUCUACCGCAACGGGGUUGCUCUAUGUUUACAGCCAAGAUCCCGGACUUGCCCUCAAAGGAGAAUACGUUUGGUACCUAGUAGCGGUGUCUUGGGACACGGGUGAUGUCGCCUGGAAGGUGAAAAUGGGCUCUGGCGGUAUUUUCAAUGACAAUUGGCUCUCUGCAACGUUGGGGCCAGAUGGGACCUUUUAUCAGUGGGUCAUCGGUGGCCUUGCCAUGGUGAAAGAUUUCGGUAGUUUUUAUUGA